AGAAUUCUAGUUUCGUUGUAAGGAAAAUCUAAAAUGAGUUCACGAAUGAGAAAGUCAAAGAGGGUGUCGUCCACCUCGUCAAGAAUGAUGUCGGACGGGAGAAAGGCAAAGGCUCCGCCAUCGACCACCAAGUCGUCCACCCUCUCUACUAAAGGAGGUUUGCCAGAACGCAGGUUGUCACGAAGCAGCGACACACCCGUCACUGCUAGGAGGAUGAGCGUAGCGUCCAGUGCGUCAUCGCACACGAGGAAGAUGUCGGUGGCUGCAUCCGCCAACCAGGGAACAGCGACGUCAGUGACAUCUAAAAAUAAGUCCGGCGACGACAACGAAGGAGAGACAAACUUGAAACAAAGAUUCGAGAGUUUAAUGAUCACCAAGCGCAUGGCGAGAUCGCUUCGCCAGCGAACCUCUCAACGACUCGCUGAUCGACGAGGGGAAAGCUUCGUAUCCUACAUGGAUCGCCCUCGGGGUCGGUCACCGAGCAUGCAGUACCAGGUCCCUCAGAUCGAAAGCACUUACCGACUCGAACCCGCGGAGCUAUUCUCGAAUUAUAGCACCAUCAUCCACGACAUCAUCGAAAGCGCAGUCGAGCGUCGACUCAGGGGGAUGAAGUACGAUCCGAAGCUGUGUUCGAGGGAAGCCAAGGAGCUGUCGGAGAUCAUCAAAGAAGGCGUGAAGACACUCGACAUCGGUCGUUAUAAGCUGAUCACCCUGGUGAACAUCGGACAGAUGCAUGGACAGGGGACGCAGAUAGGCAGCAGGAAUUCUUGGGAUCCGGUCAGAGAUUCGUUCGUCAGUUACAGCUUCCAGAAUGGAUCCGUCUUCUGCGUGGCAACCAUUUACGGAGUUUACUUCGAAUGAGAUUCAUGCGUAAAAACGCCGUUUGCAGGCCUAUUUCUAUGUAAAUUGUGUACAUAACGCCGUGGUAAUCACUUAUAAAAAUGGGUUCUUAGGGGGUUCUAUGCUAUGCUUGUCCGGUAUUAGGAACAUUUAAAGGUUCCCUAUCCCCUUAAACCGCCACAUUGGAACCUUUUAAGUUCUUUAUGAACCCAAUUAAGGUACAUCAGCACGUAAGGAAGCCUUUUUUCUGGGAACUUUUUCUCGUUGGUUCUAAAUAAGGAACAAACUGGGUUCAAAUUCUUACCUCUUUUUACUAAGAGUGUAGCCUGAUUAGAGACCGAGGCAGUAGACGGAAAGACUUUAGCUUUGUCGUGUAUAUAUUUCAUUUAUUAUGCUAUAAAUGAAAAAAAAAAUGUUUUUUUUACUACUGCCAAAAUGGGGUGUUAUUGGUUCCGAGUAAGUUGAAAGCAACAAC